UACUAACAUCACGACAUCACUGUAUUCUGAACACUGAACACGCAGCAGAAAACAGAAUACAGAACCUACAGAACGCACUACGCAGUAGACAUAUAAAUAUAUAAAUACGUCGUAUAUUCUUUAUAGUGCGUCACUUUAGUCCACGGUUAACGAAAAUUGCCAAUCAGUUGAGUUUUGAAACAUUUUACAUCAGCUUUAACAAUGUCAAGUCCAGACGAAUGCAAAUUAAAAGCUGGACAUCCACCAGCAGUGAAAGCUGGUGGCAUGAGAAUAACUCAGCAUAAAACACCACGAGAAGAACGUGAAGCUAAACCCAGCAAAGAUUCCAUUGAAAGUAAAAUAUCAAACAGCCCUCCUAAAACAAUAAUGAUAAGUGGCGCACCUUCAAGAGGUAACGCUGAUUUUCCUCCAGAAGCUGUUCAACAUUUUCAUGAAAAACCAACUUCAUCUCAUGAUUCCAAAGUAUCUCAUUCUACUCGAGCCAUCGUUAUUCAACAGCCUAGGAAGUAAAUUAUAUUGAAUAUAUAUAAAUUUAUUUUUCAAGUGUUGUUAAAACUAAUACACUUUAAAACAGGUUGAUGAAAAAUACUUUAACGCAUUUUAUAAAGUUAUUUGGUAAAAGUGUCAUAUUACAUUAUAAUAAUGUGUGAUACUAUAAUGAUAAUUAUUCUUAAAUAUUACUACGA